AAUUAAUCAAUCUUUAUUUAUAAAUAAAGACUGAAAUAAAAUAAACUCAAACUAGAAACUAGAAGCGCCACCGUUCUCUUAUAAUUUCAACAUUUCUUAAAGCCCACCCCGUCGCCCCCUUUAAGGCCCUCUCCAAUUAUUUUUUUGCCGGCUGAAGCCUGACUGGCUUCUGUACUGCCUGCAAAAUUUCCCCUCUCUAUAUUUAUAUAUAAAAAACACCAAUAUCCAAACCCUAUCUCUUCUUAUUUACUUCAUCAUCAACCAACAAUGAAUUUUCUACCAAUCUUUUUCGCCAUCAUUUUCUUUCUAUUCAUUCUUAGAUUUCUCUCAAAUACAUCCCUUUUACACAUUCUUGCAAGGUGUUUUCGAUCACUUGGAGAUCGUUUUCAUGUCUAUCAAUCCUUCAAAGUUCCGCAACUCAAUCAAAACUUCCAAGAAAACCUCCUUUACCGUAAAGUCUUCACUUAUCUCAACUCUCUAACUUCUCUCGAAGACUCCGAAUCCACCAACCUCUUCACCGGCUCCAAGUCCAACGACAUCCGGCUCAUUCUAGACGACAACCAGGCCGUCGAUGACACAUUCCUCGGCGCUCGACUUACUUGGAAGAACCAGAGCGGAUCAUCGCAAAACACUUUGGUUUUGCGACUCAGAAAGAAAGAUAAACGUAGAAUUCUACGUCCGUAUCUUCAACAUAUUGUUUCUGUAGCCGACGAAAUUGAAGAAAAUAAGAAAGGAAUUAGAUUGUACCUGAAUUUGGAGGAUCGAAGUCGACAUAAUCGACGCUGGAGAUCGAUUCCCUUCACUCAUCCAGCCACCAUGGAGACGGUUGUUCUUGACGAUGAAGUGAAAAACAGAGUCAAAGCUGAUCUCGAAGCGUUUCUUAAAUCGAAACAUUAUUAUCAUAGACUUGGGCGUGUUUGGAAACGGAGUUAUCUUUUAUACGGAGCUUCCGGUACUGGGAAAUCAAGUUUCGUUGCCGCUAUGGCUAGGUUCCUGUGUUAUGACGUGUAUGAUAUUGAUCUCUCACGGGUUUCUGACGACUCUGAUUUGAAAAUACUUUUGUUGCAAACUACCUGUCAGUCGUUGAUUUUGAUCGACGGACUUGAUAAUUUUUUUAACGAGAGGCCAAGGGCAGUGAGCUUGUCGGGGAUACACAACUUCGUGGAUGGGAUCAUAUCUUGUUGUGGGGAGGAGCGUGUGAUGGUGUUCACCAUGAAUGAUAAGGAUCAAAUUAGUGAUCAAACGGUGAUGAGAGCAGGUAGGAUUGAUAUUCAAGUACACUUCCCUUUGUGUGAUUUUUCCACCUUCAAGAUUAUGGCUAAUAAUUAUUUGGGCGUGAAGGAUCACAAGCUUUUUGUUCAAGUUGAAGAGGGUUUUCAAAAUGGGCCGGGUUUGAGCCCAGCUCAAAUCGGUGAACUCAUGAUUUCGAAUCGGACUUCGCCCACCCGAGCCCUGAAAUUAGUAAUCAACGCAUUACAAAGAUCGAGUGAAAGUGGGCCGGGUCAACCUGUGGAUGAGAGCCAAUUUUCUCGGGAAAGUACCCAAACAGUAAAAGAAAUUAAGAAAUUGUAUGGGCUUUUUAGAAUUGGGGGUAGAAUGAAAGAGGGCCAAUUAGAUUUGAAUUUGUCACGACAUGAAGCUCAAAUGAAAGAUUAGGAUUUGGGUCAUUUUAUAAUGUCGAAAAAGAAUUGGCACAUACAAGAAUAUUAUAUAGGGAUAAUUGAAUUAGAUAAAGAUUAUUUAAAUAGUUUUCUAUGAUUAGAUAUGGGUUACUAAAAAUUUUCUGAUUAUUAUGGAACUUCUAUUAAUUCAAAGUUUGAAAUUAUAUU